AUGGUUGCCACCAUGCAUCGCCUAGCUGCUGCCAUGCUCGUGUUGCUCUGCUGCUGCUGUUUGUUCCUCGCCACGCAGCAGCAGCAGCAGCUCCAGCCAGCCGCCGGUGGUAACAGAGCGAGCCCGAGCUGCAUACCACACGAGAGGGACGCCCUGCUGGCAUUCAAGCACGGCGUCACCAGCGACCCUGGCGGCGUCCUCAGCUCGUGGCGGCGAGACGACGGUCGCCACGACGAGCAAGACUGCUGCCGGUGGAGAGGCGUCCGGUGCAGCAACCGAACUGGCCACGUCCACGAGCUUCGACUUGGAGGUGGAGGCACCUUCCCAGAAAAUUUGGCCGGCCAGAUAAGUCCUUCUUUGCUUGCUCUGGAUCACCUAGAGCACCUUGACCUCAGCUGGAAUGAUCUAGCAGGGCCAACGGGUCGUCUUCCCGAGUUCUUGGGCUCUCUAAAGAAUCUCAAGUAUCUUAACCUCUCUGGCAUACCAUUCUAUGGUGGCGUGCCUCCCCAGCUUGGCAACUUGUCAAGGCUGCAGUAUCUAGAUCUUUCCAAUCCCAACUGGAUGGGAGGCACGAACUCGACGGAUCUCUCAUGGUUAACACACAUUCCUUCCAUACAAUAUCUUAACUUGGACGGAGUGGACCUCAGCACAGUAGCGGAUUGGCCUCGUGUCAUGAAUAUGCUUCCUUCUUUGAGGGCCCUCCAUCUUUCAGGCUGCUCUCUUGCAAGCGCAAACCAGUCGCUGCCACACCUGAACCUUACAAAUCUCGAGGAGCUCCAUGCCUCCGACAACUCCUUCCACCAUCCAAUGGUGACCAGCUGGUUCUGGAACAUAACAAGCCUUAGAUUCGUUUACCUCAGCUCCACUAGUAUGUACGGUCAAUUUCCGGAUUCUCUUGGAGACAUGACAUCCCUGCAAGUCCUUGAUCUUUCAUUUAAUAAUUAUGAUGAUGAUUAUCAAGAUGAUGACAAGAACGUGCGCAGCAUGACCAUGGAUCUGAAGAACCUAUGCAAUUUGGAAGUCCUGAACCUUGAAUACACUCUCCUAUAUGGUGACGUAGCUGAGUUGUUUAGGAAUCUACCUCGAUGUUCACCCAACAAAUUGCAAGAAUUGGACCUCGGUUCGAACCAUUUAACCGGGAUGUUACCAAGAUGGAUAGGGCAAUUCAUGAGCUUGGUUGUUCUGAAUCUUCGUUGGAACAACCUAAACGGACAUGUCCCAUAUGAGAUUGGAAAGCUUAGUAAUAUUACCCAUCUGGAUCUAAGUACAAAUAAACUGGAUGGCACGAUAACUGAGGAACACUUUGCUAGUGCAAGGAGCUUGCAAUAUAUAGACUUGUCAUAUAAUGCCCUCAAGAUUGAGAUCAGCUCGGACUGGCAACCACCAUCUACAUUAGAGUAUGUAUACUUUGCAUCCUGCCAGAUGGGCCCACUGUUUCCUGGGUGGCUUCAGUGGAAUGUGAGCAUCACCUAUCUUGAUAUCUCGAGUGCAGGUAUAGCUGAUAGGAUUCCACAAUGGUUCUCCGAUGCCUUUUCAAAUGUUUGGUUCAUGAACAUCUCCAACAAUCAACUCAACGGAACUUUGCCGGCUGAUAUGGGCUCCAUGUCACUUCAGGAACUCUACCUCAGUUCAAACAAAUUAACUGGUCAGAUACCCACGCUGCCACCAAACAUACAUACCUUGGACUUGUCCAAUAACUUCUUGUCAGGACCUCUGCCCUCUACUACUAGAUCAGCCAAUCUAAGACAACUUUCUCUGUUCUCCAACCGACUCACUGGUCAUAUUCCUGAAUCUUUUUGUAAAUAUCAGCAAUUAUUUGUGUUGGACUUAUCCAACAAUUUUUUGGAGGGACAACCACCGUUGUGCCUCGGGGUAAUGGAAUCUAUGGAAUUUGUCGCCUUAAGUAACAAUAGUUUGUCAGGAAAGUUCCCAUCUUUUCUGCAAAACUUGACAAAUGUGUUCUUCCUAGAUUUGUCUUGGAACAAAUUCACUGGAAGAUUGCCAAUGUGGAUUGGAAGCUUAACAUCAUUAAGAGUUAUACGAUUAAGUCACAACAAGUUCUUUGGUAGCAUUCCAAUGAACAUCACAAACCUUUCUUGCCUUCAGUACAUGGAUCUAAAUAAUAAUAAAAUAUCAGGCUCUCUGCCGAUCUACCUAUCAAAUCUUAAAUUUAUGACAAACACAUCCAUGAUGGGUUGUUAUCACAACCCUGAGACAAUUCAUUCUCAUCUUAAUGGUUUGUCUAUGGUCUGGAAGGGGCAGGAUUUGAGCUGUGGUUCCAUUCAAAGAAGUUUGGACACAAGUAUGAUGAGCAUUGAUUUAUCUUCAAACGACUUAACCGGUGAAAUACCAAAAGAAAUAGUUGUUCUUGAUGCACUUGUGAAUUUGAAUCUAUCAAGGAACCACUUGACUGGAGUUAUUCCAAAGAAGAUCGGGGAAAUGCGAUCACUGCAAUCAUUGGACCUCUCGAGGAACAUGCUUUCAGGGGAAAUACCAACCACUCUAUCAAAUCUGACGUUCUUAAGUUACUUGGAAUUAUCAUACAACGAUCUUACAGGAAUAAUUCCAUCGGGAGUACAGCUUGAUACCCUGUAUGCAGAGUAUCCAUCUAUGUACAUUGGCAACAUCGGUCUUUGUGGACAUCCUCUUCAAAACAAUUGCUCGAGCGAGCGUCAUGCACCAAAGCAGGGUGGCCUGGGAAGAACUGAAGAAGGUUAUGGGAUACCAUUCUUUUAUCUUGGACUCGGGUGCGGCUUCGUGGUUGGUACAUGGAUUGCAUUUGGUGUUUUGUUGUUCAAGAGAAACUGGAGAAUUGCUUGCUUUCGACUCUCGGACAAGUUGUACGACAAAGUAUAUGUCCUUGUUGCUACAUGGGCAACAGCAGACAAACACAAACUGAUUAGCAAGCAUGAAGCAAAGGCGGUGGUCGGCGCUUCAACUAAAAUUAGCCAAUGCAUGCAUGUAUGA